AAUGCUGUGAGGCACAAUUUGUCACUGCAUAAAUGCUUCAUGCGCGUUGAGAACGUCAAAGGCGCUGUUUGGGCGGUAGACGAGAUUGAAUUUUAUAAACAACGACCACAGCGUACAACCGCAGCAGCAACAGCGGCAGCAAUAAUGUCUACUUCCGUCCCUGGUGGCACUGCUAAUGUUGGGGUAUGUAGCAAUAACGAUUCCGGUGGUGGCAUUAAUGGAAGCAGCAAUGAUAAUAUGACUGACAUUAUCGAUUUCAACAACAGCGUUGCCACCGGUAUUUCUUCAGUGAUGACAAACAGCCCGAUGACAUUGGGUUAUGG